AUGUUUGUCCUGCGGAAUGUCGGCAAGCUGAUCUUCGGCUCCAGCGCCCAGGAGUCCCUCAUAGAGCUACCCCAAGGCCAGCUCUACCUCGUCCGCCCCCUCUCCCCCAAGGGCUACUCGGAACUCAUCUUCAAGGACGCCGCCAUCCGCAUCCGUCGCACAAAUCAAGAUUUCCAUUACCAGCUCGUCGUCCAGCGUGCCUUUGAGGAGGGUGAAGAGGAGCUGCUCGCCGAAGAAGAGGGUGAUGACGCCGAGAUUGACGCCCUGGCCAGCGAGCGCGACGAAAAGACCUUUUUGCUAGACGAGGCUCUGCAUUUUCGCAUAGAGACCCGCGACGGCGGCGAUAGCGUCAUUGCCUGGCGCGAUCUUAGUGGUGACACCGGCGACGUCUACGAGUUUGUCUGUGACGCGGCCCUCCCUGCCAACCAGCUCCAGCUCUUCCUCCGCGCCGCCCAAGAGUGCCAGUACGAACGCAAGUACCGCAAGCCCAACACCACCGCCUCCGACGAGGACCUCCAGCAGUUCGAGUUUCACGAGGAGCUCCCCAUCCCACCCGCAAGCCCCAUAAACAGCCCGUCCCUCACCCGCUCCAUCGAUUCUACCGAGUUCAUGGCAUCAACAACUCCCACCAAGCAGCGUCCUGCUGCUGCUGCUGCCGCCCCCAUCUCACCCGCUACUAUUCCCGAAGAGAGCAAGCCAACCGGUCCCGUCUACGAUGCCAAUAAUCCGCCCAAGCCCAAGGAGAUUUACGCCAGCAUUGCGGCCGAGCUGCACGUAUAUGAACCCCAGCCCGGCCACUUUGCCAUGGUUGACGACUCCGUAGUCGCCACAGUCUCCGAAGUUGGCAAGUGGGAAUACUGGCUCCAAAUUGAGGGUCAAAAGCCCUGGUUGGGCACCCUCGUCGUCUCUGACUUUAGUCCUGUCUUCGACUUCCAGUUCCUUUCCUUCGUCUUCAACCAUUUUAGCCCUGAUGGUACCGCCCGGUCCUGGUUACUGCGGUUCAAAGACCAGCCCACAUUGGAAAAGUUCCAGGAGGCUGUUAUGCAGGCCAUAUGGGAGAGGCUCAACGAGACGAAAUGGGCCAAGAUUCAAGAAAAAGAGCGUGAAUACGUGCUCGAUUCCAUGGGCGAUCUCACCAUGGAAGAUGCUCCUCCUGUAGAAGAAGAGGAGGAAGAGGAAGAGGAGGACGAGGCUGACGAGGAGGGCAUCCGAAGCGACGCCUACGACAGUGGCGAUGAAGACGAAGAAGAUGAACAAGAAAAGGACGACCGCGAAAUGAACUCACAACUUGCCGUUGGCUAUAAGCACGACCGCUCCUUUGUCGUCCGCGGCUCCAAGAUUGGCGUCUUCUCCCAUACCAACGACAACCGCCUCAAGUUCUCCACCAAUAUUUCCAAGGUCACCACGCCUGGUGGCAAGCUUAUGAACCCCAAAAAGGUCAUGCUUCACGGCGAAGAUCGUGAUCUCAUCAUCCAGAACAAUAUCGACCCCAACAAGCUUUACCGCAUGGAUAUCGAAUACGGCAAAGUUGUUGACGAGUGGAAGGUCCACGAUGAUAUCCCCGUCAUCAACUUUGCCCCCGAAAACAAGUUUGCCCAGAUGACCUCGGAGCAGACCUUCCUUGGUGUCUCCAACAACGCUCUCUUCCGUGUCGACCCCCGUCUAGCUGGCAGCAAGCUUGUUGACUCAGACAUGAAGCAGUACGCCUCCAAGAACGACUUUUCUUCUCUAGCCACCACAGAAAAGGGAUACAUUGCUGUCGCGAGCAACAAGGGUGAUAUUCGCCUGUUUGACCGCCUCGGCAUCCGUGCAAAGACGCAACUACCCGCUCUCGGUGACCCCAUCACUGGCAUGGAUGUCUCGGCCGACGGCCGCUGGAUUCUCGGCACCACCCAGAAUUACAUCCUGCUUGUUGAUGCCAUGCAAAAGGAUGGUAAGAAUGAGGGCAAACUGGGUUUCGAAAAGGGCUUCUCGGCCGACACCAAACCGCGUCCUCGCCGUCUAGCCCUUACACCCGAGCACGUGGCGCAAUUCUACCACGAGACGGGCAAACCCAUUAGCUUCACCCCAGCCAAGUUCAACACGGGCGAGGGUGCGGAGGAGACGAGCAUCAUUACCGCCACGGGUCCGUACAUCAUCGAGUGGAACCUGAAGCGUGUCCUGCGCGGCAUGAAGGCGCCGUACAAGAUCAAGCGCUACGAGGACGAGGUUAAGGCCGACGAUUUCAAGUUUGGCUCCGACAAGAAUGUCAUUGUCGCCUUGCCCAACGAGGUCAACAUGGUAGCCAAGCAGAGCUUCCGCAAGCCUACGCGCGAGAGCAUCAUUGGUAAUGUCCGCGUCUCCUCUGGUGGCCACAGGAGCUCUUCGGCAAAUAAGAUUGGCACGCCCUUGAGUGGCCAGUACAAGCUGGGUCGUGACGACAUUGUUAAUUCGCCAUAUUAA